UCUUAAUAUUACCUUUAUCAUCAUCAACAAGACAAAGUCGUUGAACUCAUUGGCAAGGAAAGUUUCAGUUCCUCAACACUCACAGCACUAGUUACUUCAUCAGCAGGCGAACAAUAAAGGUUAACAAGAAAUCCAGUGAAAGUCAACUUACCAAGUGUUGCUUGUAGUCUCCUUUAAUGAACCAAUUCGUCAAGUGUUUUUGCCCUGUUUAAUUCAACAUCGAAAAUAGAUUAAUAAUUUAAACAAAGUGUAUUUAUUAAGAGAUGAAUUUUGCAAACUUCAAACUGUUUGUGUACUUAACAACACUUUCUUUUGUUUCUCUAGAGGAAGUCAAACCUUUAACUACAAAUCCAAAUUCAAUCUCAUAUCAUGUUGAAUUUGAAGUGUUAUCUUAUGAAAAUCCAGAAGGUCGAUUGGCAUCAGGUGAAUGCUGCUCUGGCUACAAGUCAACCCUAGGACAUGGUAUUUGUCGAGGUGGUUCAUCGUCUUGUAAUCCAUAUUGGAAGAUAUGUAUGUCUCACCAGCAAGAUCCACAGCGAACCUUGCCUCUUGACUUUUCAAUGCCAGUUGAAAGACGAAGUGGUCCUGGACUGAGUCUCGGUUUUCAUGGAUUAAGUGCAUUUCGAACUGAACCCAAGCCAGUUAUUAAACGCCCAAAACCACCACAGACACGUCAAUCAUUGUUCAAAGGAAUAUUUAACCGUAUUGUCGGAUCUUUUAAAGGAUUGUCAUCGUCACCCUCAAACACUUCAUCAUCAUCAACACUAAUCGCCUUGCACCAACAAGACAACUUUACCUUCAUCAACAUCUCAAUGUACAAUAGCCUAUUGGUCAACUGAAAAUGAUUCAAACAAUAAAAAGAAAGGUACAAUUAAACUGCGAACAACCAUUCCUCUUGUAAAUAUGGUCAGAGGUUUUCAAGCCGAUUUCAAAUCAAAACAACAACCCUUGUCAUCAGCAAAUCGUACCUCUUCAACGGAACCCAAUCCCUUAUUACAAAAGGUUAUCCUGUUGGUUGAAGUAUGGCACAAGUCAAAUGCUGGUCAUGACAAGUUAAUUACUCGCCACUUAGAAUUAAGAAAUACAACCUUACAAUUGCUUCCAUUGGAAGAUGACACUAUUUGGGAAAUUGGUGGGCCAAAUUACUCUUCUCCUAAUACAACUUCCGGAAUCAAAUUUCGUUAUCGUUGGAGGAUCACUGGAAGCUUGAAAUAUUCAUCAGCUGACAACAAUGAUAACAAUAAUGUCAUUCCUGAUUGUCCACCAGGCUUUCGCGGUGAUGAUUGUAACAGUCCAAUUUGUAAAACUGGUUGUCAUUCAACUCAUGGCUAUUGCAAUGAACCCAAUGAGUGUAAAUGUAAAUUUGGUUGGACUGGUGAAUUUUGUUCUUUAUGUGUUCCCAUGCCUGGUUGUAUUCAUGGUUCAUGUUCAAAGCCCUUUGAAUGUCGAUGUGAAGAAGGCUGGUCCGGAAUGUUUUGUGAUAAACCAACUUGUAAACCUGGUUGUCAUCCACAAAAUGGUUACUGUGAACAUCCAGGUGAAUGCAGAUGCAGAUUCGGAUAUCGUGGCGAUAACUGCACUGAAUGUGCAACCAUGCCAGGCUGUCAGAACGGUGACUGUGAAAAUCCUCUUGAUUGCAACUGCUUUAAAGGUUGGACUGGACUGUUUUGUAACAUACCCAUUUGCUCUGAAGGUUGUGACCUAGAACAUGGUUGGUGCCGUCGACCAAAUGAAUGCCGAUGCCGUGUUGGCUGGAGUGGAUCCAACUGUUCCGAGUGUGUUCCCUAUCCAGGCUGUAAGAUGGGCAACUGUACUCAACCCUGGACCUGUGACUGUCAACCUGGCUGGGGUGGAAUCGAUUGCUCCGAGAAGCUUGACUACUGUGAGCUCAAUGAUAACCCCUGUCUCAAUGGAGGAACCUGUAUAUCGGUUGAAAAGAAUGACGGAAAUUUCAUUUGCCGUUGUAACCUUGGAUUCGAGGGUAAACGCUGUGAACGAACCAAAUGAAUCAAUAAAUUUCAUCAGCAACAACAAAUACUCACCGAGACAGACUAAAGAUACUUAAUGUGAAAACUUUAAUGGUCACAAACAGCAGUUUACAGUUGAACCCUUGUAAACCCAAAAGAUAAACCUUUUUUCCCUCCCAGUGAUAACCAAGUUUGCCCAUCUCAAGCAUCCUUUAUCCUCUAUCAUCAUCAUCUUCACCAUCAUUGUCAUAAUCAUUACCAACAAUGGCAAAUUGAACUCUUUUGCGUUUCCAUUUUUGCCUUUUUUUGUGGCUGUAAUUUUUUGUGCUUUAUAACUCACUUUUUUACCCAAAUUAUUUAUUUAAUAUUUAUUUUAUCAUUUAUUAAUUUAUUUAGCAUUCACUAUUUAUCAUCAAGUUAACUUGCCUACCAAGUUUAACCCAAAAAACACUAUUUACUCAAUUAUAUUAUUAUUUAUUAUAAUGCAAAUGUAAAUAAAUUUAUCAUCAUCA